GAAGGCGCUAAAUACUAAACCUAUCACUAACGCAAUACGCGGGGUCAUCCUUUUAUGAACUUAACCAUAACACCUUAAACCACCCCACUAGAAUUCCUAGAAUCCCAGCUGCCGCCUAUGUAACUAACCUAGGUUAGGUACCUCCUAAUAUUGACUUAUACAAACCCCACUAUCAUUUAUUAUUAUACAUACCGAUUUCUUGCCCAACGCAAAUCCCACCUUACAUAAAUAACACAACGAACGAACAUGGCCGACGCAGAAUUAGAACAGAUCCGCAAGGCGCGCCUCGAGCAGCUCAAAGCGCAGGCCAGCGGGACAGGCAGCGCGGGGCCCAGCCAAGGAAACCAAGCAGAGCAGCAGAAGCAACAAGAAGCCGAAGCCCGCCAGUCCAUCCUCAACCAAAUCCUACACCCGGAAGCCGCCGACCGUCUCGGCCGCAUCCGGCUCGUCAAGGAGGAGCGCGCCGCCGACGUCGAGAACCGCCUCAUCAUGCUCGCGCGCACCGGCCAGCUGCGCCAGAAGGUCACCGAGGCCCAGCUCAAGGAACUGCUGAACGCGGUCGCCGACACCAAGGAGGAGGAGAAGAUCGUGGUGAACAGGCGCAAGAACUGGGACGACGAGGACGACGACGAUCUGCUGGACCUGUGAUGCCGCAGGCAUGUUUUUUAUGUCUGCUGUCGCUUCUCGACGCGGACUGGAUCGGAUCGGACUGGAUUGGAUGGGUCGCGGCGAGGCGUCGGUCGAUGACGUCGGCGGAGAAAAGAGAGAGGCAAAAGAAGACAGCGCACGAUGCGACG